GUUUUCUCCAUUGUGGUCUUUGGCUCCAUCGUGAAUGAGGGCUACCUCAACAACUCAGACAAGGAGGAGGAGUUCUGCAUCUACAACCGAAACCCCAAUGCCUGCAGCUAUGGCGUGACUGUGGGGGUGCUGGCCUUCCUCACUUGCCUGCUCUACCUGGCGCUGGAUGUGUACUUCCCACAGAUCAGCAGUGUCAAGGAUCGUAAGAAGGCUGUGCUGUCAGACAUCGGUGUCUCUGGCUUCUGGGCCUUCUUCUGGUUCGUGGGUUUCUGCUUCCUGGCCAACCAGUGGCAAGUCUCCAAGCCCCAGGACAACCCUCUGAAUGAAGGGACGGACGCAGCCCGGGCCGCCAUUGCCUUCUCUUUCUUCUCCAUUUUCACAUGGGCGGGUCAGGCUGUGCUGGCCUUCCAACGGUACCAGAUUGGCGCCGACUCGGCCCUCUUCUCCCAGGACUACAUGGAUCCCAGCCAGGACUCCAGCAUGCCUUAUGCACCCUACGUGGAGCCCAGCGCUGGGACGGACCCUGCUGGCAUGGGUGGUACCUACCAGCAUGCAGCCAACGCCUUUGAUGCUGAGCCCCAGGGUUACCAAUCACAGGGCUACUGAGCCCCCUUGAUGGUGGUGACAGUGACCGCCUACCCUGCCCCUGCCCUUUCAUCCUAGCUCCCCUUCCAAACACCCUGUUCCCUCCCAGGUGACCCUACCUAGCACCUGCUCAGCCUCCAAGUGAGUCCACUGAGGCCCAGUGCAGCUGGGGUGGGGAGUCGGGGAGCCUGGAGGGUGUGUCCACAUGUGUACAAGUGUGUGCCCAACAGGGAUUUAGAGGGUGGGACCCAGGGGUGACAGUCAUUCAUUGUGUCCUUGAGCAUUUACCAAGCACCUACUUUAUAACAGGCCUUGCUGGGCUGGGGAGUGAGAGAAAUAGAGAGGGAAAAGGUGGGCUGAGGAGGCCCUGCACCAGGUGCAGGAAAGGUAGGACAGACAGAUACUGGCAAGUUUGGCUGCAGGUGAGUGUGGUCCAUCACAGGAUGUGGGCCAUCAACCCCAGAAUCCUUGGUAUGUAACAGUCCUCCUGGAAUUGCCAUGGCAACCUCCAUUUUAUGGUUGAGGAAACUGAGAUCUGAGAGGUCAAAGUAGUUUGUCCAAGGGCAUUCAAGCAGCUGACGAUGUGGCCAUAUCAAGGAAGGCCAGAUACAGAGCUCCUGCCAGUCUCUCUUUAUUUCCUAUUCCUACAUCUGGCUUUGCCAGUCAGUGUUACUCUAAUUCAGGGGUUGUGGGGGACUUCAGGACCUGAGGCCAGUGAGGCACCAUGACCUGCUGCAAACCAAGGGCCUCUUCUGCCUCAGUUGCUUUCCUCCAUUUAGGUCCUCUCCUCAGUCCUGGUCUUCUAGAAAGCUCCCCUAGCCUGCCCCUUGUGUUGUUCCUUGUUUAACAUGUCCCACGGGGGACUCCUGAGGGGUGUGCCAGCUACCCCCUUUGCAGUCUCCCAAAGGAGUGAUGGCCAUCCCUGCCUCCUGGAGGGCUCACUAAGCCUUUGCUCAUGGCUGGAUAGACAGGAGGCCAGGUGGCAUUGGAGCUGACCUGAGGUCCUAGUGUAUGAACAGUAGAGCUGGCCUUGCUGCCUAAGUUUAUUGGCUCCAACCAUCUAGCAAGUGACUCUACCCUGGUUACCACAUGGGACACUGUCCUCUCUCUGCUUGCCUAGGUCAGCCAGGGCUCAAGGCUGGAGAAGUGGGAGUCCAGGACAGGAGCUUUCAAUUACAGGGUCAGUUUGAGUGCACAGCUAAAGGUCACACUGCCCCAGAUGACUCACAAGUAAGACACUGCAGAGUGGGCUCAGGGAAACCUUGGGCCACAGGAAAGAGAAUAAUAGCAGGUUAUCUCAGAGACAGAAAAGAGAGUGGAUGGGGCCUAAGGGGACAGGAAAGACAUAUUCUCACACAAGGUGCUUCCCUCUCUGUGACAGGGAGCCCAGAGGGAGAGUGUAUGUGCCAUCUUCCUGUGUGUACCCAGUUUACACCAGCUGGUUCCUUGUGAAGCAGGGCAGCAGGCUGUGGGGCAGCUUCAACAAUGGGUGUCCCCGCCACCUCACCCCUGCCCUUCAGGAUGCUGACAGGCAGGUUUGCUCUUCUCAUACCCAUGUCGGUAUGGUGUCACCAAGGGUGUCUGUUGUGCCUGUCCUCUAAGAGCCUGUGAACCACAUAGAGGUACAAGGCCCAUUACAGUAGGAAACACGGCAGGAGUGCAGGCCUAAGGAGGACAGUCAGGGAGGGGACAAGCACUUCAGAGUCAUAGAAGGAGCACCACUGCCCUUCCUGAGCUUAGAGAGCUAGCAUUAGAGAUUGGAUCCAAACUGGGGUCUCCAAAUUCCCUAGGGGGCCACAGUGUUGGGAGAGGACCCCAGGCAGCUGGCUGUUAAUAACUUCCAUUUUCCACACCUGGGAAGGGGUUCUGUGUACAGUCCCAUGCCCCAACCAGGUGGCUGAGCCACCAAGAGGCUAUGAGAAGCCCUGGCCUUUGCUACUCCUGCUGGAGAGUGCUAGAGACCAGAGGACUGCCCAUUGGUUUCUCCCUGGAUAGCAAUAGGCAGCUGGUGACGUCAGGCAGAGGGCAGAGUGCUGGUUAAACUCUGCCCAGCCUUGGGUGUCUAUCUCCUAGUCCUCAGGCUAGGGGAGUUUACAGGACCAGGAGCUGGGCUGCUGGGACCUUAGUGAGCACCGUUCCCUUUUUCAGAUGCAUGCCAGCACCAUGGUAGUAAUGUCAGAUAGCCAGCAAGAAGCCUAGAUUUGAGUAAGACCCAGGCUUCUCAGUGGUUUGAAAGGGGUCACACCCCCACACCUCCUUGGACAGAGCAUACAUAGCCUUUGGAGGACCUGAGGCCAGCAGCACCCUGAUUUCCUUCCCCUUUCCAUUGCUUCUGCUUUCCUCUUCUCCCCACUCUCCUUGGGGAUAGUCCCCCACAGUUGGGCCCUAUGGAAUUGGGGAUCCCUUUUUCCUGUCAAGCACAAAAGACGGUCUGAGAAACAUAGCUGCAGGGGUCCUUCAACAGACUCCUGUCUCAUCCAAGGUCAAGCACAGGGUGAGAGAUUAGGAGCCCCGUCUUCUGAGUUGACAUACCCUGCACAGUCACAGGCCAUUUUGCCUGGGUGGCCCCCAAUCCACCUGGGAUGAAGCAAUCUAGGGGCUGAUUCCCAGGGGACUGUUACCAGUAUCUGCUCCCUCUGCCCCUAAUGAUUCUUGAUCUUCAAAGACUCUUGGGGUUCCAGGCUUUUCCCAUGUAACCAAGAGAUCCCACUUGUUGUCCCUGGGGCAUCCCUAACCUUGAUCCACAACCCCUUUGAUCUCUAAAAAUGUAAGCAGGAGUCCCCAGAGUUUAUGGAGGAUGGAUUGGGCUAGCCAUCUCCUAGUGCUGCCCCUGCCCUGACACUCCCGCCCCCUGGCGCCCACAGCUCUUGUCUGGGUGUCCCAGUCCCCCCCGCAGCGUUACUGCCUGUGUAUAGUAUAAAUAUAUAUAUUUUCUAUAUAUAAGAUGUAUAAUAUAAGGCUCCACAAUAUAUCUGUGAGUGUGUGUGUGCGAGUGUGUGUGUGUGGUGAAGGGUGGGCCCUCAACUUGGGCCCUGCUCUAGACCCUCCCCCCACCUGGUUAAGCCUCUCCAGAGUGGAUCCCGUGGCCCUGUGGCAUCCUCCUCUAUGACAUCCAUCCAUCUGUGGUGAACCAAGUGAAGGUGGUGACUUCUGGUGAUAUAGUAAUAAAGUGAAGAUUUCCAACUCA